CCCUGCCCACGCGCUUGGGCUCCCAAGCCCACCGACCAACGGCCGCGCGGGGCUGCAAUGACGACACCCACCCAGCCCCCCGGGUGGGGGGGCCACGGAAGGGGCGGGACCGGAAGCAGACGCGGGCGGCCCGCGGCGUCCCAGUUGCCAUGGAGCCCAGCAGCGCCAUGGAGCCCAGGGCCGCCGGGUCCCCGGACCACGGGUGCCUGGGGGCCACGCCAGCGCCGCCAUCAGAGCGGGACGAGCUCAGCAGCCCCAGCCAGUCCACCUGGAGGUCCUCGGUGCAGUCCUCCGCCGCCGGCUCCGAGGGCGCGCCCGGCAGCUCCAUGGCCCGGCCGCGGCGCGUCGGGCCGCUGGCACUGGCGCCGGCCCCGGAGCCCAAGCCGCUGCGCCUGCGGCCCGCCUCCCUGCGCACCCAAGACAUCUCGCACCUGCUCGCGGGCGUCUUCCGCGGCCUGUACUCGGGGGAGGUGAUCGGCGAGGACCUGAGCGCCAGCCUCAUCAAGGGCCGCGGCAGCGAGAACCAGCGCCACGAGGCGUUCGUGGAGCAGCUGCGGCAGAUCCGGGAGAUCUACAAGCAGCGGCUGGGCGAGAUCCAGAUGCUGGAGCAGCACGUGAUCCAAGCCCGCGCCCGGGCCCUGGCCGAGACGGAGCGGGCGGUGAACCAGGCCAAAGUGCAGGCCCACGAGGUCCCCGUCAGGCUGCCUCCAGUGAAGACCAUGUUCCGGUGGUGCAUUGACAGCGAGCUGCUGCGGGAGCGCCACCUGAUCUGCCCCGAGGACUACUACGACCAGGCAGUGCCGUUUUGCUCUGCACCCAAAGGCAUCAUCCUCCCCGGGUAUUCCAGACCGACGUUCAGUUUUGAGAUGCGUUCCGUGCCGAAGAGAAGUCUCACCAGGAAGCUCAACGUUCUGUGCCGGCAGCUGCUGGCUGUGCCUGAAGAGGAGCUGGACCACACCGUGGACAGCGAGACGUGGGACUCGACUUCCAAGGCCAGACAGAGGACCAGAGACGCGGUCAAGAGCACAGAGCCCCUGAAGAGUACAAACUGGGCGAACCAGCGGCGCGUGCCGCAGAGAGCGGCACAGCCAACCCCGCCUGGCAGCAGCAGCAGCUGGCACCGAGGCCGGAAUGACUUCCUGCGGAACCCGCGGUUUUCACCCCCUGACACCCCGCACGGAGGCAGGUCUCUCAUUCUUCCUCCCAAGAAGCCUGCGCCAUCGAGACAGCCGGAGAGCCUGCAGCCGGAACGGAGCUGUGCCGAUACCCCGGUGUUUCUGGCCAAGCCGUCGGUGGUGUUUUUCACAGAUUAUGAAAUCGGAUCGGUCUAUGAGAUGGUCCUGGCGCUGCAGAACACCACGGCCGCCAGCCGCUACCUGCGGGUGCUCCCGCCUUCCACCCCGUACUUCGCCCUGGGAUUGGGGAUGUUCCCGGGAGAAGGCGGCAUGGUGGCCCCCGGGAUGACCUGCCAGUACACCGUCCAGUUCAUGCCCGACUGCCUCGGAGACUUCGACGACUUCAUCCUGGUGGAGACCCAGUCGGCCCACACCCUCCUGAUCCCGCUGCAAGCCCGGAGGCCGCCCCCGGUGCUGACGCUGUCGCCGGUGUUGGACUGUGGCUACUGCCUCGUCGGGGGAGUGAAGAUGACCAAGUUCACCUGCAGGAAUGUGGGCUUCAGCGCGGGCAGGUUCUGCAUCGUGCCCAGGAAGAGCUGGCCGCCCACCAGCUUCAGGGCAGUUUCGGCCCCCGGCUUCGUGGAGCAGCCGCCAUUUGGAAUCCUGCCUUCCGUGUUCGAGCUGGCCCCGGGCGCCGUCACGGUGCUGGAGGUCCUGUUCCUCCCCACAAGCCUGGGCAAGGCCGAGCAGGCCUUUGUCAUCGUGUGUGACAACUGCCAGCUGAGGGAGCUGGUGACCGUAGGCGUCGGGCAGCUGGUGGCCUUGGAUCUGAUCUACGUCUCCGGCGAGAAAAGUGAGCCGGGCCCCGGGGAGCUCACGGACCUGACGGCCCAGCACUUCAUACGGUUCGAGCCCGAGAACCUCCAGGCCACGGCCAGCAGACAGCUCCUCAUCAGGAACGCCACGCACGUGGAGCUGACCUUCCACUGGCAGGUCACGAAGCCCAACCUGCAGCCCCUGCUGCCCGGAGAGGCCUACAGCGCGGACAGCAUCAAGGCUCACCCGGACCGGGAGACCGCGUUCUCCAUCCUGCCCCGGAGGGGCACCCUCUGCCCCCACACGGACCACGAGUUCAUCUUGGAGUUCUCUCCCCAGCAGCUGGGGGCCUUCCACAGCGUGCUCCAGAUGGUGCUGGAAGGAGUCCCGGCGCCCACGAGCUCGGAGGUGGAGAGCCUGGGGGACUGCAGCUGCCCCGUGGAGGACGUCAUCGUGCUGGAGGUGGAGGUGAAGGGCUCGGCGCAGCCGUUCCAGGUCCUCCUGGAGCCCUACGCCCUGCUCAUCCCCGGCGAGAACUACAUCGGCACCAGCGUGAAGAAGAACUUCAAGAUGUGGAACAACAGCAAGUCGGCCAUCAGAUACACGUGGGGCAAGAUCUGUGACUGCCACAUCAUUGAAGUGGAGCCCUGCACCGGGAUCAUUGAGCCCAGUGAGGCGGAGGACUUUGAGCUGAGCUUCACGGGGGGCGUCCCGGGCCCCACGAGCCAGGACCUGCUGUGUGAGAUCCAGCACUCGCCCUCGCCGGUGGUACUGCACAUCGAGGCAGCCUUCAAGGGGCCCGCCCUGGUCCUCAGCGUCCCGGCCCUGCAGUUCGGGCUGCUGCGUCUGGGCCAGGAGGCCUGCGAGGGCAUCCGGAUCCGGAACGUCAGCCAGCUGCCCGCCCUGUGGCACCUGCGGGAGAGCCCGGGCUGCCUGGAGGAGAGGCGGGCGCAGGUGUCCCCCUUCCAAAUCGAGCCCUGCAGCGGCCAGAUGCAGCCUCUGGGGGAGUGCACGGUGACCGUCACCCUGAGGGCCACGCACUGCCAGCGCCUGGAGACCGUCCUGCAGCUCGAGGUGCAGAACGGGGCCUGGAGCUACCUCCCCGUGUACGCCGAGGUGCAGGGGCCCCACGUGUACCUGCGGAGCAGCCAGCUGGAGUUCAGCAGCCUGUUCCGGGGGGUGCCCGCCAGGGCCGCCGUCACCCUCGUCAAUGGCACGCUCCUGCCCACGCGCUACCACUGGGGCAAGCUCCUGGGGCAGCAGGCUGAGUUCUGCUCGGCAGAAGUCUGCCCCCGAGGCGGCCUGCUGGGCCCCCGAGAGGAGCGCCAGCUCAGGUUGGAGCUGACUACUCAGACCCAGGAGGAGCUGACCCGGCUGGCCCUCCCCUGCUACGUGGCCGGCAUGAGGAAGCCACUGGUCCUCGGCAUCUCUGGGAAACCCCAGGGCUUGCAGGUGACCAUGGCCGUCUCCACGGAGGACUCUGAAGGCAGCAGGGUUUUCAGCACACAGCAGUGGCCGGGCGACCCGGAGCAGCUGCGCCUGGACUUCGGCUCAGCCGUGCCCCUGAGGACCCGCGCGAGCCGCCGGUUCAUCCUGACCAACCGCUCCCCGAUCCAGACCCCCUUCUCUCUGGAGUUCGAGUACUUCGGGUGCCCCCACGGCGAGCCGGGCAGGAAGGGCAGUGUGUACGUCCUGCGUCCGCCCAGCAGGGGUGGUCCCGGUGGGUGUGGCCAGGCGUGGGUGUGCCAGUUUGCAGUCCACGUGGCGAGACGCAGAGAGGAAAGGACCGAGUGGGCGGGGGGCAGGGGCCAGGGCGUGGCCACUGAUCAGCCUGCUUCUGAGAGACCAGCGGGACACGGAAGACCAGAGGCACCGUGCAGACAAAG